GGCGAGAGUCGCCUCUGUGCCGCGCGCCUUUCGUUCUGUGCGUGACGUGUUCAGUGGACUUUUUCCGUAGAUCGCAUUAUUGAUACAAGGCGAAGUUGAGAAGCCGAAAACGACAAAGGAAAAUCUUUUGAAAGCCGAGCUUAGGGCUCAUGAAUACGACAUUAGCGGUCGACUGACCCACUAUGUUGAUUUAUAUUCCGGUGAUCCAUCACCCCUGAUAAACGGGCUAUGAGAUCUCUACAGGCUUAACGUGUCAUAAGACUUUCAUUAGUAUAAGUUAUUGAAGUGUAAACAUGUGAAUCGAGUAAAAUGCGACGUCGACCCCUGCCAUCUGUGCGCGAAGAAGCGGCUACCAAAUCAUGGAGGAGUGUUUGUGAAAAUGAGUGGGUGACGUACGCUCUGGUCGCCUCGGUCGGCGCUUUGAUCUACUCAAAUAGUCUGAAUGGCGAUUUCGUCCAUGAUGAUAUCCCAGCUAUCGUGUCUAAUGGGGACGUGAACGGCGCCAAUUCGGUGUUAAGGAUAUUCAAAGAUGAUUUCUGGGGCACCCCGAUGUCUGAUCCACAUAGCCAUAAAUCAUACAGGCCGUUAACAACGAUCACCUUUAGAGUGAACUAUGCGCUAUGCGGCGUAUCUGCAUGGUGGUGGCACCUGUUCAACGUCAUUCUACACGCUGCUUGCUGUGCGCUGGUAGCUAGAACUGGCGUACUGAUAGCGCGUCUCCAACGGCCUUUUGCAGCACUGGCAGCCUUGCUAUUUGCGGUCCAUCCUAUCCACACUGAAGCAGUAUCGGGUGUCGUGGGUCGCGCAGAUGUGUUGGCGUGUUUUUUCUUCCUUUCUUCACUUCUAUUUUACCACGGUUGUACCAGUCGGCACCGCGUGGUAUGGAGUGUUGUGUUGGCGGCUCUCAGCAUGUUCGCUAAGGAGACUGGUCUCACUGCGCUUCUCUUUAAUAUUGUCUUUGACUUGUACAAAUGCUGGGGAACAUUAUUCAGAUCUCCUGUUCGUUGGCGAUGGAAAGGCGAUAAUGUAUGGAGUCGUGUCAGCAGGGGUCUCUUGGCUUUGGUCCUUUUAGCGGGGUUCCGACUGAUUCUUCUACAAGGCUCUCUUCCAGCAUUUUCACCACAAGAUAACCCUCCAGCUUUUCAUCCCUCAUUCACUGUUAGGUUGUUGACAUUCUGCUACCUGGCCGCAUUCAACUGGUGGCUCCUGAUAUGUCCCUGGACAUUGAGUCAUGAUUGGCAGAUGGGUUCAGUGCCACUCGUGACCACACUCUGGGACUAUAGGAAUUUGCUCACAGGCGCCGCUAUUUUGGCCCUGCUGGCCUUGACCUAUAGAUUUGUUAUGGACUUAGAGUUACAACGACAUACACCAGCAGUUGCAGGUCUAUUGCUACUCAUCAUUCCAUACUUGCCAGCUUCGAAUUUACUGGUCACGGUGGGCUUUGUGGUCGCUGAAAGAGUGCUUUAUAUACCAAGCGUGGGUUCAGUCUUACUGACGGUGUGCGGGAUGCAGGCGUUAUGGCGUCGUGGGGGUGGGAGUGGGAAGCGGCUGAUGGCGCUUGGCGUGGCCGUGGUGGUGGCCGGUGGGGCUGCACGUACAGUGCUGCGAAACCAGGACUGGCGUACGAGGGAGACGAUACUUAGAGCUGACCUAGCCGUUUUGCCUCACAACGCAAAAUUGCAUUACAAUUUUGCAAACUUCCUGAAAGACAUCGAGCAACAAGAGAACGCAAUUAAACAUUAUAAAGAAGCGUUGCGACUGUGGCCAAGUUACGCGAGCGCGCACAAUAACCUGGGCACGCUCGAAGUCUGGUCGGGACGCGCUGAGCACCAUUUCCUUCUGGCUCUGCGGUACAACGCGAGGCAUCUCAACGCGCACUAUAACCUGGCGAGGCUUUAUCGCAAGAAGAAUCGCAUCGCGGAAUCCUUGAAGAUGCUGGAGCGCUGCAUCUCCCUGGAGCCUCGGUUUGUCCCUGCCCACGUGGAGAUGUUCCUGACAGCUGCUGGACAAGACAAGCACGCCGCUUUGCGCCGCCUUUUAGACCUGGAGCCACGCAACUGGGAACAUUAUUAUCGCUACGGGAACUGGCUGAAGGGAAAAGGUCUGUGGCCUUUAUCCCUAAAAUAUUACCAAAGUGCUGUCCGAGUUUCAUAUCUAACGUCUCGUCGUGCGGCUCUGCCUCCGUUGACAGCCGCCGCUUUGCUGCUGCGUCGGGAUGGACAAAGGAUGAGAUUGCUGCAUCUACUCACUAGAUGGCAGGGUGGGCGUGGGGCGGGCGGCGCAGCGGAGCGGGCUUGGAGGCUGAGGACCGAGCUCGCAGGGCGGGCGGCGCGAUACACACGUGUAACACAGUCAAAAUCUACAUGUCUCCAUCACAGCCACCUCGAAGUAUCGGCACAUGCAUAUCGUAAUAACGAAUAUACAGACGUUAACGUAAAGUCCGAAUGUCAAACUCUCCCAGCGACAACGAACCCCCAAUUCAAACCCACACACAACAAAUCCGAGACAAAACACAAAAGUUGUCCGUUGAACAGGAAUGGGCUCGACCCAUUUGCUUUGGUUUCAGACCAUUUAAAGACUUACUAGGUAUAAGGAACAUAGAUUGUGAUUAAUAUUAAGUCGUUUUGGGUGAAGGUACUCUCUCGAUAGCGGACCUUGAAAACUCCGUUAAACCAAAUUUUCACUAUUUAGUCUGGGAGUUCUGUAUCCGUCAAUCAUUUGUCAACCGAAAACGAAAUUCAGAAAUGAACAACUUGAAAGUAAAAUCUAUUCUAUAAAUUACUACAUACAUAAGUUUUUAAGGUUGAACUUAGCGACGCUGAAGAGUUUAUGAAGAGAAACAAUACAUGGUAUUGACAAGACCACCGAAAGUCGAGUUAUUUUUAUAGAACGGACAAGAGACUCACCUGAUAUAAAGACCAAUUCUUAAUAGGCCGGCAACGUACUCGCGAGCCCUCUGAUAUUGAGAGUGUCCAUGGGCGGCGGUAUCACUUAACAUAAGGUGAGCCUCCUGCCCGUUUGCCCCCUUUUCUAUUAAAAAAAGAGAUACAAACAUACUCCGAGAACAUACGUCUUUUAACAAUUGGUACUUUCUUGAAGGAUCCUUAGUCGUUGUUUCGUAAUACUUCAAUGGGCAGCUGGUUCACCACAACUGUGGAACCAGCUGUUCAGUAUAAAAACCCAAUAGUGAAAUCGAGUUCGCUAUCGCUAUUGGGCGCUAUCGAGUACUAGGGCUGUUACUGCUUUGUGUUAAAAGUAUGUUUAAUAUUUUAUUAAUUAUAACCGGUCUUUAAUCGUUAUUUUAAGGCGUUUCAUAUAUAAGUUGAAAUAUUACUUCAGUCAAAUGUAAAAUACGAUUGAUAAUGUAAUGAUUAUUUUAUAAGAAAUAUUUUAUUUAAGAUUGUAAAAUAAAGCUGAAAUCGUGAAA